ACGCCAGUUGAGUUGAGAAAGGUGAGGAGUAUGUCUGGCAGAGGCAAAGGCGGAAAGGGGCUCGGCAAGGGUGGCGCUAAGCGGCACCGCAAAGUGCUGAGAGAUAACAUCCAGGGCAUCACCAAGCCAGCGAUCCGCCGCCUGGCUCGGCGUGGCGGCGUGAAACGCAUCUCGGGGCUCAUCUAUGAGGAGACGCGCGGUGUGCUGAAAGUCUUCCUGGAGAACGUGAUUCGUGACGCAGUCACCUAUACGGAGCAUGCUAAGAGGAAGACUGUCACAGCCAUGGAUGUGGUGUAUGCUUUGAAGCGCCAGGGACGCACUCUCUACGGCUUCGGCGGCUAAACUCCAUUUUUGGGACAGGUCACUUUUUCAGAACACAAAGGCUCUUUUCAGAGCCACCCA